AGUUUUACAUAGAUACGCCCAUCUGUGAAGUCGGAGGAAGUUAGCAAACUAGACAAUCUAGCAUUGCAUUUUUAGUUUAGCUGUCUAGCUAGCUCAUUUAGCUACAAACAAAUAAUAAUCCACAUAAAUAGUUAUUAUCGACGAUGGACAAGCUUCGUAGUAUGAUGGGGGGGCGAGAAGACAACGAGGAAACGGGUCUCACGGCGCAGGUCCUGGAUGCCUCGACCCUCAGCUACAGCACCCGGCUGAAGUGGUUCGUCAUAUGCUUUGUUUCAGGGAUCCUGUGCUCCAUACUGGGCACUGCACUGCUGUUCUUACCCAACGGCACCAAGCUGUUUGCUGUGUUCUACACACUAGGUAACCUUGCUGCACUCUCCAGCACCUGUUUCCUGAUGGGACCCGUGAAGCAGCUGAAGAGAAUGUUUGAACCGACCAGACUGAUAGCCACCUGUGUUGUGUUGCUCUGUCUCGUUUUGACUCUAUGUGCAGUUUUCUGGUGGCAAAAGAAGGGACUGGCCAUCAUCUUCUGCAUUCUACAGUUCUUAGCAAUGACAUGGUACAGCAUCUCUUACAUUCCAUUUGCCAGAGAUGCAGUGAUAAAGGUUUUCAACAGUUGUCUGAGUUAGAGAACGGACAGUGCUCUCCCGGGUCUGGGUUCAAAUACUAUGAAAUCACGAGACCGGUCCCAAACAUGCAAAGACAACGGAGAGAUAUUUUGUAUUUGUAUUUUUCAUUUUCAUUGCUGUUUUGAUACUGUGAAUCAUUAAUAUUUCCAAUAGUUGUAUAAUAUCAUGUUAGCAGUUAUCUGAAACUAAUGUUUAUUCAUAUUAUAGUUAUCAGGGUUGGGGUCAAUUCCUUUUCAAUUCAGUUAAUUCAGGAAGUGGACUGAAAUUCGGAAUUGGUUUACUUCCUGAACCCUGAUUGAUGCUUAUUUAACCUUUUGUUUAUUUGUUACUCUCAGAUUGUGUCUGUCGUUUAAAGUGUGUUUAUGCUUCUGUUGAGAGAGAGAGAGAGAGAGAGAGAGAGAGAGAGAGAGAGAGAGAGAGAGAGAGAGAGAGAGAGAGAGAGAGAGAGAGAGAGAGAGAGAUAU